AUUGAAUUCACUUCAGGGUUUUUUUAAAGAAGUUAUCUUCUUUGAAGGCGAUUGCAAGAGUGCUCAGCCAGCUGUGAAUUUUCCACUGAGAUGCAAUCGAAACCGGGAAGAGAAAACGAAGAGGAAGUCAAUCACCAUGCUGUUCAGCAACCGAUGAUGUAUCCAGCAGAUCCCUGGUGGAAAAUCAACACCUUUGGUGUAGUUCCUCAAGCGAGACCUUCUGGAAUUCCAUCAAAUUCCUCUUCUUUGGAUUGCCCCAAUGGUUCCGAAUCAAACGAUGUUCAUUCAGCAUCUGAAGAUGGUGCGUUGAAUGGUGAAAAUGACGGCACUUGGAAGGAUUCACAAGCUGCAACUUCCUCUCGUUCAGAUAAUCAUGGAAUGGAAGGGAAUGACCCGGCGCUUUCUAUUCGUAACAUACAUGAUCAGCAACUUGUACAACCACCAGAGCUUGUUGGACACUAUAUUGCUUGUGUCCCAAAUCCAUAUCAGGAUCCAUAUUAUGGGGGAAUGAUGGGAGCAUAUGGUCAUCAGCAAUUGGGUUUUCGUCCAUAUCUUGGAAUGCCUCGUGAAAGAACAGCUCUGCCACUUGACAUGACACAAGAGCCCGUUUAUGUGAAUGCAAAACAGUACGAGGGAAUUCUAAGGCGAAGAAAAGCACGCGCCAAGGCAGAGCUAGAAAGGAAAGUCAUCAGGGACAGAAAGCCAUAUCUUCACGAGUCAAGACACAAGCAUGCAAUGAGAAGGGAACGAGCUAGUGGAGGCCGGUUUGCGAAGAAAAGUGAGGUAGGAGCAGGAGAGGAUGCAGGAGGGAGAGAAAGAGAAAGGGGUUCAGCAACCAACUCAUCAGGCUCCGAACAAGUUGAGACGGACUCUAAUGAGACCCUGAAUUCGUCAGAUAGAUCUGGAGCUGGUUUUAAGCUCUCUGUGCUGAAAGAUCCUACAGGACAUGAUAUAUCUUUGCAGUAUGAUUUGGGACGUGAGGUUGGUAGAGGCGAGUUUGGUAUUACUUACUUGUGUACUGAUAAGGAAACAGGCGAGAAAUAUGCCUGCAAGUCCAUAUCGAAGAAGAAGCUGAGAACAGCAGUUGAUAUAGAGGAUGUUAGGCGGGAGGUUGAGAUUAUGAAGCAUAUGCCUAAACACCCAAAUGUCGUCUCUUUGAAAGAUGCCUUCGAGGAUGAUGAUGCAGUGCAUAUAGUUAUGGAGUUGUGUGAAGGAGGGGAACUGUUUGAUCGAAUUGUCGCAAGAGGUCAUUACACUGAGCGGGCUGCUGCUGCGGUUAUGAAGACUAUUGUUGAAGUUGUUCAGAUAUGCCAUAAGCAGGGAGUGAUGCAUCGGGAUCUUAAACCAGAGAACUUUCUUUUUGCAAAUAAGAAAGAGACAUCACCCCUUAAGGCCAUUGAUUUUGGAUUAUCUGUAUUCUUCAAACCUGGUGAGCAGUUUAAUGAGAUUGUUGGAAGUCCUUAUUACAUGGCACCCGAGGUGUUGCGACGAAACUAUGGACCUGAGAUCGAUGUCUGGAGCGCUGGAGUCAUCCUCUAUAUCCUACUUUGUGGUGUCCCGCCAUUUUGGGCCGAGACUGAGCAAGGGGUGGCUCAAGCGAUCAUUAGGUCAGUAAUUGACUUUAAGAGAGAUCCAUGGCCAAGAGUUUCUGACAGCGCCAAAGACCUUGUGAGAAAGAUGCUUGAACCUGAUCCCAAAAAACGGCUUACUGCUGCACAAGUGCUCGAACAUACUUGGAUACUGAAUGCAAAGAAGGCUCCAAAUGUCUCUCUUGGGGAGACUGUGAAAGCAAGGCUCAAGCAGUUUUCUGUUAUGAACAAGCUCAAGAAACGAGCUCUGCGAGUGAUAGCUGAACACUUGUCAGUGGAGGAAGCGGCAGGGAUAAAGGAAGCAUUUGAAAUGAUGGACGUAAACAAGAGAGGCAAGAUAAAUCUCGAGGAGCUUAAAUAUGGACUUCAAAAAGCUGGACAACAGAUCGCUGAUGCUGAUCUUCAAAUUCUUAUGGAAGCUACUGAUGUUGAUGGAGAUGGGACACUGAACUAUAGCGAGUUUGUUGCUGUUUCGGUGCACCUUAAGAAGAUGGCAAAUGAUGAACACUUGCAUAAAGCUUUUAACUUCUUUGAUCAGAACCAGAGUGGUUACAUAGAGAUUGAAGAACUUCGUGAAGCUUUGAAUGAUGAAUUGGAUAAUACUAGCAGUGAGGAAGUAAUCGCAGCCAUCAUGCAAGAUGUUGAUACCGACAAGGACGGACGAAUAAGCUAUGAAGAGUUUGUUGCGAUGAUGAAAGCUGGGACAGAUUGGAGAAAAGCAUCAAGGCAGUAUUCUCGGGAAAGAUUCAACAGUUUAAGCCUCAAGUUAAUGAGAGAUGCAUCAAUGGCCAUCGCUUCCUGCUUCUUCUGUGUUCCAACACCCAACACAUCUAUCUCUGAAUCCAAUCUUACAUGGCCUCACCUCGCUUCCUUUCCUAGACUAUCUUCCUCUUCCUCUUUUAACGGUGUAAUCACUGCAAAGUCCAUCUCUUUCAACCGCCGCGUUCCUAUUACCCCUGUUUUAUCCGCUUCGAUUGAUAACGGCGGCUCUGAUAACAACGGAGGAGGUCUUGGUGGUGGUGGUGGUGGCGAUGGAGGCAAAAAUGAUGGAGAUGGACACGGUGACGAGGACAGGGAUAGGAACAGGAACGAGGCGAUGUUUUUGUUGAAGGAGUCUGGUACUGGAUUGGAUAGUCUUCCCAAAGAUCUAGCGGCUGCUAUUGAGUCGGGUCGGAUUCCUGGAUCGGUUAUCACUCGGUUCCUGGAGCUUCAGAAAUCGGCUGUGAUGCGGUGGCUGAUGCAGUUUGGUGGGUUUAGGGAAAGAUUGUUGGCUGAUGAUCUCUUCAUGGCUAAACUCGCCAUGGAAUGUGGUGUUGGAAUCUUCACCAAGACUGCUGCUGAGUAUGAACGGCGUAGAGAAAACUUCUUCAAUGAACUUGAAGUUGUCUUUGCCGAUGUGGCGAUGGCUAUUAUUGCUGAUUUCAUGUUAGUUUAUCUUCCUGCUCCUACCGUUUCUCUUCGACCACCUCUUGCACUUACUGCUGGAGGUAUAUCCAAGUUUUUCCACAACUGCCCAGACAAUGCCUUCCAGGUUGCUCUCUCCGGAACCUCAUAUACUCUCUUGCAAAGGCUAGGUGCUAUAACGCGCAAUGGAGCUAAGCUGUUUGCCGUUGGCACCACAUCAUCGCUGGUUGGUACUGCUAUUACAAAUGCAUUCAUAAAAGCACGACGAGCUGUAGACCAGACUUCUGAAGGUGAAAUUGAAACUGUUCCGAUCGUCUCCACAAGUGUUGCAUAUGGUGUCUAUAUGGCAGUUUCUAGCAACCUAAGGUACCAAAUAGUGGCGGGUGUAAUUGAACAACGUCUCCUGGAGCCAAUGCUACACCAACACAAACUUGCACUGAGUGCGUUGUGUUUCGCAGUUAGAACAGGCAACACAUUCUUGGGUUCCUUAUUAUGGGUGGAUUAUGCCCGCCUCAUCGGUAUCCAGAAAUCUCAUUGAAGAAGCAGAACCGGAUGUGCCCGAUUCUGACAUGGUCUUUCGACUAAUGUAUACGCAAACUACUUUUUCUUCAUACGAUUGUUUCUGAUAUUGGGGCCGUUUGAUUGUUCUAUUUUGGUCCUAUUUCUAGAAAAUUAGUCGAUUUUUCAAUGCAAACUAAGGCUAUUUUCACAAACCGCAUAAAGACUUUAUGCAUUU